AUGAAGUCUUUCCUCGCUGUCAUCAUUGCUGCCGCCGCUGCGCCGGCGCUCGCUGCCAGCAACGCGAGCACCACUGUGAUGGUCACUCCUUGUGCGUCAAGCACAGCAUCGGUGAACGACAUUGUCACGCGCACUCCGGUGAUGAUGGCUUCGCAGAGCACGCCUUGCCCUACGCUGUCGAUUGUCAAGACCAACGGCACGACCAUUACCAUGUCGCAUGACGGGUCUGGAUCUGGAUCCGGAUCGGGAUCCAGUGCUACGACGACUCCCGCCUCUUACACCGGUGCCGCGGUUGCGAACAAUGCGGGCCUGAGCGGCGCCGUCGCCGCUGCGUUCGGAUUGGCUGCUUUCAUCCUGUGA